AUGAGCGAACAUUCAUCUGGGGUUUCAAGAAAACUGUUUUGUAAUUCUGAUAAAUUAUUUUAUGACAAUUUUAAGAAUUUAGAUGAUCGUCUUAAUUUGAAUAAUAAUUUUAAUGAGAAUAAAUAUGAAGAAAUAUACAAUAAGAAAUAUAUGAGAAAUAAUCGGAGAUUUAAAACGGAGCCUCCAAAACAUUUAUAUGAAAAUGAGAGUGAGCAAUCUUAUUCUUCCUUUUUUCAUAACAUACUUAGAAGUAUAUCAAAAAAUAUAACAAAUGAUGAUAAUGAUGGUGAUGAUAAUGAUGAUGAUGAUAAUGAUGAUGAUGAUAAUGAUGAUAAUAAUAAUGAUAAUGAUUAUGGCGAUGAUAAUAAUAUUGAUGAUAAUAAUAAUAAUAAUGAUAAUAAAAAUAUAUGCUGUGAAAUACCCCAUUGUCAUGGAAUCUCAAAGAAAAUGAAAUCGAUUCAUAGCAAAAUUCAUAAAGACCCACCUGUAGGAUAUUACAAAAAUUUUUUAUAUAAUAAUAAAAAUUUAUCUAAAGAGAAAGAGAUUAAUAAUAUUUGUUCUUCAAUAAAUAAAACUCAAAGAACAUUAAAAAGAAUAGAUACUAAUAUAAACCAGACAUCCAAUAAUAUGAAAUAUUUAAAAACUGUUAACAGUGAUAUUAUAUCAGAUGUCUUUUUAAAAAAUAAUGUUAAGAGUUUAAUUGUUUAUGACACAGGUGGUAUAGACAUUGAGCUGAUAGAAAAUGAAAAUCCAGAAUUUCUAUAUCAUACAUAUACAGGUAAUAUUAUAUCUAAUAUGUAUUAUGAAUAUGAUGAUUCUAUAAAAAAUAAAGACACAUAUAAAAAUGAAGAAAAAAAAGAUACAAUUAAUUCAUCCUUAUCAUAUAGAGAAAAUUAUAUAUAUAAAAGGGACCAUAAGUUGAGUUAUUCUUAUAAAAAUAAAGAUGAUAAUGAAAAAAUAAAAAAUAAUUCUUCAGAAAAAAAUAAUAUUAUGAAUAAUUCUAGUGAUAUGAGUAGUAACAGUGAUAGUAGUAAAAUAUUAACAAAUAAAAAAAAAAAGGAAAAUAAUAAUAUAAAUAAUAAUAAUAAUAUAAAUAAUAAUAAUAAUAAUAAUAUAAAUAAAAAUAAUAAUAUUUAUUAUAAUAAUCAGUGUGAUGGUAAUAUUUUAUAUAAUGAUGUAAAUAAUAAUAAAAUAAUUUAUAACAAAAGUAGUGUAGAUAAUAAAUAUUUGUGUAAAGAUAUAUGUGAAAAUACAUAUAAAAAUACAUAUAAAAAUAUAUCUAAUAAAUAUGAUUUACAAGAUUAUAAUACAAAUUCUUCAACAGAAAAAUAUUAUAAUAUUAAAAAUAAAAAUUCUUUAGUAAAUAAAAAUAAUAACUAUAUACAUAAUACAUCAUCAGAACGUAGUAAAGGUUAUCGUUCUUAUUCAUCAAUAUCUAGUAUUGUUUCUUUGAAUGCUUAUGAAAAAGAAAAUAGAAAGAAAUAUUAUUAUAUAGGAGAGACUAUGAAUAAUGUAAGAAAUGGAUGGGGUAUGCUUAUAUAUAAUGAUAGAGUUAUAUUUGAAGGGGAAUAUAAAAUGAAUAAUGCUAUAGGAUAUUUUAUAAAAUAUAAUGAAUAUUCAACAGAGAUAGGAUAUAGAAGUCCUAUAAGUGUAAAGUCUGUAAUUAUUAUGAGUGAUAAUGACAAUUUUAUUGUUCAAAAUAGGUCAGAAAAUUUGGACACUUCAAAAAGUGGGGAUCAGCAAGAUGGUAGUGAUAAUUGGAAUAUAUAUAAUGAGGAUGACGACAAUAAUAAUGAUAAUAAUGAUAAUAAUGAUAAUAUUUAUAAUGAUGAGAGUAUUAAUAAUGAUCAUAAUAUUUAUAAUAAUGAUCAUAAUAUUUAUAAUAAUCAUAAUAAUGAUAGUAACUGCAAUAAUAAUAAAGAAAACCCUUCUAGCAACAAAAUUGAUCAAAUUAAUAAGAAUAAUUGUAAAAUAAAUUGUAAUGAAAACAUCAAUAAUUUAAAUAUAAAUAUACCUAUAUAUGAUAAUUAUUCUAAUCCUAUAAGUAAUCCUUCUUACCAUAUUAAUUUAAAAUAUACAAAUAAAUCACUACAAAAUAAAGAUAAUAAAAUGAUUUCAAAACAUGAUAGAGAAGAAAAUAACUGUUGUAUAAAUAAUGAUAUAAUAAAAAAUAUAAAAUUUUCAGAAAAAACAGAAGAAGAUGAGAAAAAAUUAAAAAAAUUUAAUAAUCUUACUAGUUAUGUUAGAAGAAAUAGUAAACAUAAAACAUCACCUGCACGUUCUAUAAAUUAUUUAAAACCACCUGUUAUGAAUUUAAUAAGAAAUAAUAUUUAUUUUAAUAGAAAUACAUUUUGUAAAAAUGACAGUACAUGCAUUUCUACAUCUAAUUUAAAUAGUAGUAAUAAAAAAAUGAGAGAACAUAAAACUACUCAUUUUUUAAGCCCCAUGAAUAUUAUAGUAACAUCAUUAGAUACAGACGAUGAAGAUAAUAUUUCAGAUGAUAAUGUAAAAACGGAUCUUAUAAAUGGUUGCACACAAUAUGAAGAUGAAAGAAAGAAAUAUGAACAGAAUAUAAAAACAGAUGAAGAGCAAUCUAUAGAAACAAAUAUUAAAGACAAUGAUGGUAGGGUUUUAUAUCAAUUAAAGAUUAAUAAAAAUAAUGAUAGAACUAAUGUAUCUCAUAUAGAAAAGAGGGAUUUUAAAGUAUAUGAAGAAAUAUAUGAUAAUGAAGAAAUAAAAACAGAUUAUUCUCAUAAUGAUAACAAUAUAGAUAAUGUGAAAAAGAUGAAGUGUAUAAAUAUUAAUAAUGUUAAUAAUAAAAUAUAUAAUGAAAACGAUAUGAACAAUUUAAAUAACCCUAAUAAUUAUAAUGAACAUAAUAAUACAUUUGAAAAGUAUAUUAACAAAAAAGAGGGAGAAGAAGAAUCAACAUUAAAUGAUGAUCAAAAUAAAUUACAUAUUAAUGCAUUUGAAAAAUAUAAAUAUCUUAUUUGUGAAAAUAUUAAUAAUGAUAAUUUUGUUAUUAAAAAUAAUCAAAUAACAACAUUUGAAAAGUUUAUGAAGAAUCAAGAAAAUUUAGAAAUAAAUAAUAAAUGGAGAGAUACUCUUAAUAAAAUUAGGAAGGAGAAUAAUAGUAUGAGACAAACAAUGCAAGGUAAAAUAAAUAAUUAUGGAUUAAAUAAAUAUGUAUGUAGUAAUAAUAUAGAACAAAUAAAAAAGAAUAAUUUAUUGAAUAAUACACGAUUGAUGGGUAAAAUUAUAAAAAUAAAGAAAGAAAACAAUGAUAUAUAUAAUGAUAUUAAUAGUGAUAUUAAUAGUGAUAUCCAUAGUGAUCUCAUUCACGAUAUCAUUCUCAAUAACAAUAGUGAUGUUAUUAAUAGUGGCGAUGCUGCUAAUAAUGUUAAUAAUAUAUGUUCUGAAUAUAUAAAUAAUAAUGAUAAAGAAAAUAUAAAAUUUUGUAAUUGGGAUAGAAAUAUAUUUCCAACAAGAUUAAGAGGAGCUACAUUUCCAGAGACACAUGAUGAUAGACAAAAACAUUGUUUUUUAUUUAUUGAUGAUUAUUUAACAUCAAAUGAAAAUAAAUUUGAUAUUAUAAAUGAAAAUGUAAAAUUAAGAGCUUCUGAUUAUAAUAAAUGGUCUGUUAAUAUGUUAUAUAAUUUUCUUAAAAUGAUAGGUUUAAAAAAAGAAGCAUAUUUAUUUAAAAUUAACAAAAUUAGAGGAUAUCAUAUAUUAAAAUUAACAGAUAAAGAAUUGAAAAAAUUAAAUAUAAAUAAUAGUUAUGUUCGAAAAUUUGUACUUUCUGUUUUUAGAUUUUUAACUAAUUCUAUAGAUAACGCAGAUCCUUUAUCAUUAAAUUUUAAUUCUAAUAAGAAAUUUUCAUUUAAUAAUAUACAAAAUAUAUGUAAUACUCAAAUAACUAUAUUAAAUAAAAUUGGAGGAGGUAGUUAUGCUCAAGUAUUUCGAGCCAAAUAUAAAUCAAUGAAUGUUGCUUGUAAAAUUUUCUUAUAUAAACCUAAACAUUUAUCAGAUGAAAGUUAUUGUGAAAGUUAUAUAUCAACACCACGUUCUAGUCAUAGGUAUAUAUUUCCAAAAAUUAAUAAAAAUAUAUAUCUAGAAAAUUAUAAAAUUACAGAUAUAAAUAAGGAUAAUCAAAAUAAGGAAGAUAUUAUUAGUAAUAAUAUACAUAUGAAUCAAUCGAAUUAUAUAGACCAUGUAUCUAAUGUGGAUGAUAUAAAUUAUAUUGAAGAAGAAAAUCAAAUUGAAAAUAAUAAUAAUAUAUGUAAAAAUAAAAAAAAUAAUGAUAUAAAUAAUUCUUUAGAUACAUUACAGAGAAAUAAGAAAAUAAAAAAAAUGGCAAAUUUGGAAAUAUUUCGUUAUUUUCCAACACCAGUAAAAUAUCGAAAUUAUGAAGCCAAAAUUUUAUAUUCCUUACAAGAAUGUAAACAUGUUAUAAAAUUAAUAGGUGUUUGUAGUUUAAGAGAAGGAGAAGAAUCAUUAAUACUUCAACAUUGUGCAGGUGGUAGCUUAGAAAAAUAUAUAUAUAAAGAUGAGAAAAAAAAAAAUUCUGCAUAUGCUAAAUCUUUAACAAGACCUAAACUUGUUAAAAUAUUUCAACAAGUAGCUGAAGGAAUGUAUAAUAUUCAUACUAAUCAAUGUUUCCAUAGAGAUUUAAAAUUAUCAAAUAUUUUAUUAGAUGAAUAUCAAAAUGCAGUUAUAUCUGAUUUUGGUUUAUCUACAAAUUUUUCAUCUAAUGAUAGUCCAACAGCAUAUGCUAUUUAUGGUAAUAUAUUUUAUGCUGCACCUGAAGUUUUAAAAGGAGAAGGUUUUUUUAAAGAAUCGGAUGUAUGGUCAUUUGCUGUAAGUUUAUGGGAAGCCUUAACUAAAAAAAUUGCAUAUGAUGGAAUAUCAGCAUCUGAAGUUUUUUGUAAAAUAUCAUCAGGGGAAUUAUUCUUACCUAUUCCAAAAGAUAUUCCUAUCGAAUUAUCUCAACUUUUAAAAAGUAUGUUAGAUUAUGAUUUUACAAAAAGACCACUUUUUAAUGUUAUUGCAAAAAAAUUAGAACAAAUAAGAAUUCAAGCCGAAGAUAAAUUACAUUUGGAUAUCAUGUCCUUUUUUGAUGGCUAA